ACACACACCCUCACCCUCACACACACACCAUCCCCCUCACACACACACCCUCACCGUCCCCCUCACACACUCUCCCCGUCAAACACACCGGGGGUGUGUUUCCUGAUCCCUCUAAUAAUAUAUUUAUUAACUCCCUUCGACUGCAAACAAAGUCUCCGGCUGGCGUGACCGUAUAGACAGCUGAGAGCCUGCGGAGACCUGGCGAACGGACACUCGUUGCCUGGUAACUCGGCACAGAGACAUAUCGAUCCCGUCAGGAGCCAAUGGCAGCUGUGAACGGAUUCCCCGCAGACCGGGCCCCCGUGGUGACAAACAUCUACCCCCAGCCCCCACUGGGGGCGCCGUCUGGAGGCGGGCAUCCGCGGGAGAGUUUUGCCCCUCGCCCCGGGGCCCAGGCCUACGAGAGGAUGCUGAAGGGGGAGCUGAAAGCCCUCGGGGUUACCCAGAUUAUGGUGGGCAUUGUGUGUGUCAUGUUUGGGACCCCACUUCUCCUCAGCCUGCUCUCGAUGACCACCAUCAUUGGGACCCCCUGGUGGAGUGGCCUCCUGUUUAUCGUUUCAGGGUCAAUGUCGGUCGCAACAGAGAGGCAACCGGGUCGGUGUCUGGUGGGGGGCUGCCUGGCGUCGAACACCGUCAGUGCGGUUGCCGCGGCGAUUGCUGGUUUCCUGUUCUUCACCGACCUGUUUGUGGAGCCCUGCACACACACACACCUCUGCCUGCAGCUUCGGGGAAUGCUCGAGGUCUCCACAUCGCUGAAGGUUCUCUUGCUGAUGUUCGAUGUGCUGGAGCUGGUGCUCUCUCUCACUGUCGCCUCCUUCAGCUGCCGGGGGCUGCAUUGCCGCUUCGAGGAUAGCACCGUGCCUGCGGCUGUGGUGAUCCACACGAUCAUGCACCCUUCGGCCCUCCCGGUCUCCUACCCCAGCUCCCACUCGGCUGUGAACCCCUCCUACAACCCCACCUUCCCCCUCAACGAGAAGAUCGUCUGAGAUUCCACCUUCGAGGGCCUGGAGAUUCCCAAAGAAACCCUGCAGAUCGCCAGGAAUCCCAUCCAACCUCCAACAGAGAGACUCUCACAGGGACAGAGAGAGAGAGAGAGAGAGACCCUCACACAGACACAGAGAGACACACAGACCCUCACAGAGACACAGCCAGAACCUCACACAGACACUGACCCUCACGCAGACACUGACCCUGAGACACUGACCCUCACACAGGCACUGACCCUGAGACACUGACCCUCACACGGACACUGACCCUGAGACACUGACGCUCACACGGACACUGACCCUGAGACAGUGACCCUCACACAGACACUGACCCUCACACAGACACUGACCUUGAAACACUGACCCUGAGACACUGACCCUCACACAGACACUGACCCUGAAACACUGACCCUCGCACAGGCACUGACCCUGAGACGCUGUCCCUCACACAGACACUGACCCUGAGACACUGACCUUGAGAUGCUGACUCUGAGACACUGACGCUCACAGAGACACUGACCCUGAGACACUGACCCUCACACAGACACUGACUCUGAAACACUGACCCUGAAACACUGACCCUCACACAGACACUGACCCUGAGACACUGUCCCUGAAACACUGACCCUCACACAGACACUGACCCUGAGACACUGACGCUCACAGAGACACUGACCCUGAGACACUGACCCUGAAACACUGACCCUCACACAGACACUGACCCUGAGACACUGACGCUCACAGAGACACUGACCCUGAGACACUGACCCUGAAACACUGACCCUCACACAGACACUGAUCCUGAGACGCUGACACUCACACAGACACUGACCCUGAGACACUGACGCUCACAGAGACACUGACCCUGAGACACUGACCCUGAAACACUGACCCUCACACAGACACUGACCCUGAGACACUGACCCUCACACAGGGACUGACCCUCACAGAGACGCUGACCCUGAAACACUGACCCUCAACAGACACUGACCCUGAGAUGCUGACCCUGAGACGCUGACCCUCACAGAGACCCUUACCCUGAGACACUGACCCUGAGACGCUGACCCUCACAGAGACACUGACCCUGAGACACUGACCCUCACACAGACACUGACCCUCACACAGGGACUGACUCUGAGACACUGACGCUCACAGGGACACUGACCCUCACACAGGGACUGACUCUGAGACACUGACGCUCACAGGGACACUGACCCUCACACAGGGAUUGACUCUGAGACACUGACGCUCACAGGGACACUGACCCUCACACAGGGACUGACUCUGAGACACUGACGCUCACAGGGACACUGACCCUCACACAGGGACUGACUCUGAGACACUGACGCUCACAGGGACACUGACCCUCACACAGGGACUGACUCUGAGACACUGACGCUCACACGGACACUGACCCUCACACAGGGACUGACUCUGAGACACUGACGCUCACACGGACACUGACCCUCACACAGGGACUGACUCUGAGACACUGACGCUCACAGGGACACUGACCCUCACACAGGGACUGACUCUGAGACACUGACGCUCACAGGGACACUGACCCUCACACAGGGACUGACUCUGAGACACUGACGCUCACACAGACACUGACCCUCACACAGGGACUGACUCUGAGACACUGACGCUCACAGGGACACUGACCCUCACACAGGGACUGACUCUGAGACACUGACCCUCACAGAGACACUGACCCUGAGACACUGACGCUCACAGGGACACUGACCCUCACACAGGGACUGGCUCUGAGACACUGACGCUCACAGGGACACUGACCCUCACACAGGGACUGACUCUGAGACACUGACGCUCACAGGGACACUGACCCUCUGAGCCAUUCCCUACCUGCACCUUACCUGUGCUUUAGCCCGGUCUCCCUCCGUCUCUCUCGGGGUGUUUGCGUUCUGUACGCCUUUAGCACUUUCUGAUAGAAGGCACUGUCCCUCCUCCUGCCCU